AUGCACCUGUCAGCGGUGUUGAACGCGCUCCUGGUGUCGGUGCUGGCGGCCGUGCUGUGGAAGCAUGUGCGCCUGCGCGAGCACGCGUCCUCGCUGGAGGAGGAGCUGGCGCUGAGCCGCCAGGCGGCCGAGGCGGGGCCGGCGCUGCGCAUCGACUACCCGCAGGCGCUGCAGGUGCUGAGCGAGGGUGGCACGCACAUGGUGUGCACGGGGCGCACGCACACCGACCGCGUGUGCCGCUUCCAGUGGCUGUGCUACUCCAACGAGGCCGACGAGUUCAUCUUCUUCCACGGCAACGCCUCGGCCAUGCUGCCCAACCUGGGCUCGCGGCGCUUCCAGCCGGCGCUGCUCGACCUGUCCACGGUGGAGGACCACAACACGCAGUACUUCAACUUCGUGGAGCUGCCCGCAGCCGCGCUGCGCUUCAUGCCCAAGCCGGUGUUCGUGCCCGACGUGGCCCUGAUCGCCAACCGCUUCAACCCGGACAACCUGAUGCACGUCUUCCACGAUGACCUGCUGCCCCUCUACUACACGCUGCGCCAGUUCCCGGGCCUGGCACAGGAGGCCCGCCUGUUCUUCAUGGAGGGCUGGCCCGAGGGCGCGCACUUCGACCUCUACAAGCUGCUCAGCCCCAAGCAGCCGCUGCUCAAGGCGCAGCUCAAGACCUUCGGCCGGCUGCUGUGCUUUUCCCACGCCUUCGUGGGCCUGUCCAAGGUCACCACCUGGUACCAGUACGGCUUCGUCCAGCCCCAGGGCCCCAAGGCCAACAUCCUCGUCUCCGGCACGGAGAUCCGGCAGUUUGCCCAGUUCAUGGCCGAGAAGCUGAACGUGAGCAGUUCGGGGCCCCCCUUGGGCGAGGAGUACAUCCUGGUCUUCAGCCGCACCUUGAACAGACUCAUCCUGAAUGAGGCCGAGCUGCUGCUGGCGCUGGCGCAGGAGUUCCAGAUGAAGACGGUGACAGUGUCCCUGGAGGACCACGCGUUCGCGGACGUGGUCCGCCUGGUCAGCAAUGCCUCCAUGCUGGUCAGCAUGCACGGGGCCCAGCUGGUCACUGCCCUCUUCCUGCCCCGCGGGGCCACGGUGGUGGAGCUCUUCCCCUACGCCGUCAAUCCCGACCACUACACCCCGUAUAAGACGCUGGCCACGCUGCCCGGCAUGGACCUCCAGUAUGUCGCCUGGAGGAACACAGUGCCCGAGAACACGGUCACACAUCCCGAGCGGCCCUGGGACCAGGGGGGCAUCACCCACCUGGACCGGGCCGAGCAGGCGCGCAUCCUGCAGAGCCGGGAAGUGCCCCGCCACCUCUGUUGCCGAAACCCCGAGUGGCUCUUCAGAAUCUACCAGGACACCAGAGUGGACAUCCCGUCCCUCAUCCAGACCAUUCGGCGGGUGGUGAAGGGCCGGCCGGGGCCGCGGAAGCAGAAGUGGACGGUCGGCCUGUAUCCGGGGAAGGUGCGGGACGCGAGGUGCCAGACGUCGGUGCAGGGCGCGUCCGAGGCCCGCCUCACCGUGUCCUGGCAGAUCCCGUGGAACCUCAAGUACCUGAAGGUGCGGGAGGUGAAGUACGAGGUGUGGCUGCAGGAACAGGGGGAGAACACCUACGUGCCUUACAUCCUGGCCCUGCAGAACCACACGUUCACGGAAAACAUCAAGCCCUUCACCACCUACCUGGUGUGGGUGCGCUGCAUCUUCAACAAGAUCCUCCUGGGACCCUUUGCAGAUGUGCUGGUGUGCACCACGUAG